UCAUGAUUGAUAUUAUAAGAGAGCUGCCUUACUGGUUUUGCUGUUUCUGCCCAUGAUAGCAUCAAGAGCAGUACCACCCACCAUCUGUCAGCAUCUCCACUUCUGGUUGUAACAUGUAUGCUAUUUGAAAGAUGUCAGGUGAAAAAACAGAGCAGUCUAUCUGUCCAGGACUCUAGCUGCUGGGGCCAGGGUGAAGCAGGACAGUGGAUGCCAUUGUGCUGGUCAGCGCCACGAUCUGGAGCAGCUGGGGCCUUCCUCCUUAGACCACAGAGAUGUGUUCCCUCCCCAUGGCCCGGUACUUUGUAAUUAAGGAUGCCGAACAGAAGCCUUUAUACUUGAGGAAUGAUCAGCUCCUAGUAGGAGAUCCGAACUCGGAGUUCUAUGGUGCAGAGAAGGUCUGCGUGCUUCCCAAUAGAUCCCUCGAUCGGAACAAGUUCCCCAUCAUUAUGGGCAUUCAGGAUGGAUCUCGAUGCUUAGCAUGUGUAGAAUCAGGAGAGGGUCCUUUGCUACAGUUGGAGGAUGUGAACAUCGAGGAGCUGUAUAAGGGUGGGGAGGAGGCCACCCGUUUCACCUUCUUCAGGAGCAGCUCUGGCUCUACCUUCCAGCUAGAGUCAGCCGCCUGGCCAGGUUGGUUCCUUGAGGCUCCAACAGAGCCCCAGGAGCCAGUCAAACUCACCAAGGAGAGCGAGCCAUCCCCCAGAACACAGUUCUAUUUUGAGCAGAGUCGGUAG